AUUUUGGACGUUCUGGCUUUUCUGAAAGUGAUUUGGAUAAAAAUCUCGUCCUUAUUUUUCAGUGUUUCAAAAAUAACUAGGCGCUAGGCGGGCAGAAGAGGAGCGCCUGGUGGCCAACUAAUGGGCCACCUAGAGCCCUAGACGGCCAACUAAUUAGCGCCUAGGACGAUUUUAAUCUAUGCCGUGGACCCUGGUCCCUUACAUAGCGCCGAGGCGCCGACUAGACACUGUUAUUUUUUGAAAAAGUCCGCAUUGAAGUCUGGGUCUCUAGAGUUUCUGUAGCAAUAUUUUGUUGUCUAAGAAUAUGCAGAAUUCUAACUCAGGAUCUGAGGAGAAUGAGUGCGAAAACAGAAUAAUUGAAUACACAAACUCGUGAACAUCGUUGGUGUGUAAAGUCCGAGUCGGCUUGGAUUGUCACUUGCUGAUUAUGUCGGGAUUUGAGACGUAGAUAGCCUGUUACGGUAAUUGGCGAUCUAAAUUUUAGAUAUAAAUACCAGUUAUGCGAAGCCAAUUUGAAUUGGACUUGGUUACAUGAUUGGGGAAUCACGUAAAAAAUUUAUUUGCGGUAUUUUCUUGAUUUUUCAUUGCCGUGUGUUGGUUUGACUGAUUUCUCAACAAGUACCCAAAAUAACCCGUAGGUAGGAAAAAAGAAAAAGCAUUAUGCCUUGGCUCCAUCAGUUGGAUCCAUAGAGCACAUGGCUAGGUGCACAAUUCGAUCAGGAUCCACGCUUCAUAACAGUCAACUGAUCUAAUUCUUACUAUGUUAGAUGCGGUUAGAAUUCUUUGAAUCCCCUGUAGAUUCUGAGGCUAUGUUCUAUACCUGUAAUCUGGGCGGGUUUCGUCAUCGAUUCACGUCUCCUCCAGUGGAUUAACAUGUGACUAGGAUACACUCAACCCAGUUGUCUAUUCCAAGUUCCAGCUUGACUAGGUCUUUGGGGUGCCAAUCUUUGGAGUUUUGUUGGUCUUAUGCUGGGUUUAUCAUACCAUCUGAAUUGGGCAUUUCAUAGGCCAUCUGGUCUCCCGAAAGGAGGGAUGUUGUAACUUGUUUAAAACAGAUAUCUUCUUGCCCGGAUUGAGGUAAUGGGGGGUUGUCUCUCGACUAGCAAUCUGGGCCUUGGAUUGUACGAGAGAAAGAGAAAUAGGAAAACAUUUUCAGACCAUGUCGCUACGUUGCAGAAUUUGUCCUCCAUUCCUAACAGGAUAUUCGCCAACGGAAAGAGCCGGACUUCUUGUAUAUUCACUCAGCAGGGCCGUAAAGGGAUUAACCAGGAUGCAAUGAUUGUGUGGGAAGAAUUCAUGCCAGAAGAUGUGACAUUUUGUGGUGUCUUUGAUGGCCAUGGUCCACAUGGCCAUCUUGUUGCCCGCAAAGUAAGAGAUUUGUUGCCAUUAAAGAUAAUGUCAUCUUUGCAUUCGUGUGAAUCAAAGCAAAGUGCUUCUAGUACUGCUUGUUGCGCUGGGAAUCUUAAAUCUGAUGUAGGAGAUGCUGAGAAGGACAGUGACCCGGAGGAGAAAGUGGGAUCUUUAUGGAGAGAAGCUUUUCUUAAGUCAUACAAAGCCAUGGAUAAGGAGCUGAAGUCCUGCCCUAACUUGGACUGCUUUUGCAGUGGCAGCACUGCUAUCACCAUAGUUAAACAGGGUUCUAAUCUUUAUAUGGGAAGUAUUGGGGAUUCCCGAGCGAUCUUGGGAUCCAAGGACAGUAAUGACUCCAUGGUUGCGGUUCAGUUGACCGUUGAUCUAAAGCCUGAUUUGCCAAGGGAAGCUGAACGGAUCAAACGGUGUAAAGGAAGGGUCUUUGCAUUGCAAGAUGAACCUGAAGUGCCAAGAGUUUGGCUGCCGUUUGAUGAUGCCCCUGGCUUAGCAAUGGCUCGGGCAUUUGGGGACUUUUGUUUAAAGGAAUAUGGAGUGAUCUCUAUUCCUGAAUUCUCUCACCGGAUUCUUACGGAAAGAGAUAAAUUCAUUGUUCUUGCUUCUGAUGGGGUUUGGGACGUUCUAAGCAAUGAAGAGGUGGUUGAGAUAGUAGCAUCAGCUCCUACCCGGUCAUCAGCUGCACGCACCCUGGUUGACUCGGCUGCACGCGAAUGGAAAACAAAGUACCCAACAUCAAAGAUGGACGAUUGUGCGGUGGUUUGCUUAUUUUUGGAUGGGAAGAUGGAUGCGGAAUCCGAUUACGACGAUCAAGGCUUCUCUUCCGUGACGAUCCAGAGCAACCAUUCCGGUAAUGCAGCGGAAUCGGACGAUGGGCAGAACUCUGAGCCAUCUUUCCAAAGAAACAAUACCGUUCGAUCCAGAGAAGAAAAUGAAGCCUACAAAAGAUUGACUGUUGAGGGGGAAGUACUAAAUGGGGAGAAUUCGGUUCAUGAGGAUCAGAAUUGGUCAGGUUUGGAAGGGGUGACACGAGUUAACUCUCUCGUUCAACUUCCCAGAUUUUCUGAGGAAAGAUCAAGAACCUAAUUUGUUUUUGUUUUUGUUUUUGUUUUGUUUUUGUGACCUUUGAUAAUUGACUGGGACUAGCUUUGUAUAAUAUGUUGGCUUCUGGGUUCUUAUUUUCAAGCAAUUUGGAGAUCUGGCUGUGCUUGUGCA